AUGAAUUUAGAACGAAGCGACGAUGUCCCGGGAACAGAACCUCUUUUACCGGAAAGAGAUCAUUCAAGACAAAAAAGUCUUCGUGAGAAUCUUAAAUGUCGCAUGCAAUCUCGCAAUUGGCAUUGGUUCAUUCUCUGUCUGGUUGCGUCGGACUUUUUCUGUGUGAUGACAAGUAUCACGAUCACCUUUCUUUGGCCUGAGAAAGAACAAGAGGAACAUUAUGUAAUUGAAACGCUCUCGAUCAUCGCAUUCGUGAUCAAUACCGUGUUCGUGAUCGAAGUCAUUUUGAAUCUUUUCGUCUUUGGAGUUCGAUAUUUCUUGACCGGAUCACAUUGGUUUAUCCAUUUGUUUGAUGCUUCAGUUGUGAUCAUGACCUUCCUUUUGGAAUUAUCCUUGAAAGGGAAGGAGAGAGAGGUCGCAGGGUUGUUGAUCGUAUUCAGGUUUUGGAGGUUAAUCAAGGUUCUUAGUUCUGUAGCCGUUGGAUUAGGUGAAUACGAUGAAGAGAAAGUGGAGGAGUUGGAGAAAAAGAUUGAAGAAUUGGAAGGGGAAUUAAAGAGUUUAUUGAUCACCGUCGACCAAAUUUCUAAAGAGGAUGAUUGGGAUGAAAGCAAGAGGGAUAGAGUUGUUCGGGGCAAGUUGAGGGUGGUGGUGGUGGUAGUACAGAGAAAAAGAAAACUUUUACAGGUGCCCGUAAUUUCUUUUUGCGAAUUGUGUGGAUUGAACACACGACCUUCAGAUCUUCAGUCUGACGCUCUCCCAACUGAGCUAAAUUCGCGAGUUUGGUUCUUUUGGAACCGAAACAGACAACCUGACAAUAACCAUCCUUAUCAAAAUAAUUUCAUGCCGAUAUCUGUCCAAUGA